AUGAGCCAAGUCUUUGAAGGCUACGAACGCCAAUAUUGCGAACUCUCUGCUAAUCUCUCCCGCAAAUGCAGUUCGGCAUCUCUUCUUUCUGACAAAGAAGAGAAGCUGCAAAAAAUUUCUGAGAUCAAAACUGGAAUUGAUGACGCAGAUGUUCUGAUUCGGAAGAUGGACCUUGAGGCAAGAAGUCUGCAGCCAAGUGUAAAAGCAAUGCUUCUUGCAAAAUUGAGGGAAUAUAAAUCUGAUCUAAACAACUUGAAAAAAGAAUUUAAAAGAUUAACAUCUCCCACUGCUGAUCAGGCUGCCCGGGACGAUUUGUUGGAGACCGGAAGGGCAGAUGCAUAUUUGGCAUCUUCUGAUCAGAGAGAAAGACUAACUAUGUCAGUGGAGAGAUUAAAUGAGUCGAGUGAUAGAAUCAGGGAGAGCCACAGAACAGUGCUGGAGACCGAAGAACUUGGCGUCUCAAUCCUCCAAGAUUUACACCAGCAGCGUGAGACUCUCCUGAGCUCCCAUAAAAGGCUUCAUGGGGUGGAUAAUGCUAUUGACAAGAUAGUUGUUAUUCUGUUUUACAAGCUAUCUCGUUAG